GAAGAAGAAGAAAAAAACAGCAAAAACGUCUACUCUUCAUCUCUCUACCUCGCGCUUGCUCUCUUCUCUCUUUUGUCUUUCCCUUUCGUUUAUCUUUCGUCUCUCUGUCUGUCUGUAUCAUUCAUUCGUAUUUACAAUCGAACCACGAAACGUCUCUUCUUCUAUAAAGACCAGAUUUUUCUCAAUCUCAAUCUCUCUCUCGCUCUCGUUUUCUUUGAUGAACCCUUUUACCUCAUUUUUACUCUUAAAUCCAAAAAUCCGAGAAACCCAUUUCAUUUCCAUCUUCUAUUUCUAGGAAAAUCUCAUCUUUUCGGUCUUCUCAAUAAACCGAGAUCCACGAAACCCGCAUUUCCUCUCGCAAAUCGAUUAAAAAUUUCGAUACUUUUUAUCGGUUUGAAUCUCGAGAAUUCGGAAGAUUCAGAGACCCACGAGUAUCCAUAGUCGAAGUGGCUCUUGAGAAUGGAAGCAGAAACGUCUUGGACUAAUUAUCCGUACAGCUACAUUACUUAUGUCCCUGAAGCUGAAUCAUACCGUGAGCAGAGCGAUGAUGAAGCCAAAGUUGAAACCUUUUCAAUGGAUUCUCUUCUCCCUGACGAUUUAUUAGAACGAAUCCUCUCGUUUCUACCCAUUGCAAGCAUUUUCAGAGCUGGUACUGUCUGCAAAAGAUGGAACGAGAUUGUAUCUUCUCGGAGGUUCUUAUGUAAUUUCUCCAACAAUUCUGUUUCUCAAAGGCCUUGGUACUUCAUGUUCACUAGCACGGAUGAUCCAUCGGGUUAUGCUUAUGACCCCAUUAUCCGGAAAUGGUACAGUUUCGAUCUCCCUUGUAUCGAAACAUCGAAUUGGUUUGUUGCUUCCUCUUGUGGAUUGGUCUGUUUCAUGGACAAUGAUUGCAGAAACAAGAUUUAUGUCUCAAAUCCAAUUACCAAACAAUGGAGGAGGCUUAUUGAACCUCCCGGUCACAGAUCGACAGAUUACACGGCAAUGUCUACCUCCGUGAACCGAGCUAACCAAUCAAACAGAGCAGUAACACGUGGAAACCGGACUUACUCAGUCUCGAUAGUGAAAUCAAAGCAAGUUACUGGGAAUUUCUUCCAAUGGGAUAUCUCUAUUCAUCUCUACAGCUCUGAAACAAUGACUUGGACAACAUCAGUAACCGAUGUCUUAUCCGGAUGGAGAGGAGGAAACGAGAGUGUGAUCUGCAACGAUGUUCUUUACUUCAUGAUUUACUCCACGGGAGGCUCAGAUCAUCGCCACGGCUUGAUUGCUUCCAAUCUAUCCUCGAUUGGAUCAUCGUCAAGCGGCAUCUUGAUGAGGAGUUUCAUUCCAAUGCCGUGUUCUUUAACCUGCGGAAGAUUGAUGAAUCUAAGAGAGAGGCUUGUGAUCGUUGGAGGAAUCGGGAAACACGAUCGACCAGAGGUUAUAAAAGGAAUUGGGAUUUGGGUUCUGAAAGGGAAAGAAUGGGUAGAAAUGGCGAAAAUGCCUCAAAGAUUCUUCCAAGGUUUUGGUGAAUUCGACGAGGUUUUCGCGAGUAGUGGCACCGAUGAUUUGGUUUACAUUCAAAGCUAUGGAUCUCCCGCGCUUCUCACUUUCGACAUGAAUCUCAAGUACUGGAGAUGGUCUCAAAAAUGUCCUGUUACUAAGAAGUUCCCUCUUCAGCUCUUUACUGGGUUCUGCUUCGAACCAAGACUCGAGAUUGCUCCGUAGUUGCAAUGAAGAAGCAAAUGGGUCUGCAAAAGUCUUAGUCUUUUGGGUUUCUUGUUUCUCUACUGGAUUGUUUUUGCACAGAGAAAUCGCCGGCGGUUUGAUGAAGAUGAUACGGUAAUGUUUUUAAUUUUUGGAAUGUUUUAUUUGCAACUUGGUACUCUAUUAAUUAUAAAUUUAUAAAAUGAGCCUCAGAUACUUUUAUUUGAUCAAGCGAACCCUUCUCUAUCUCUCAAUGAAAUAUAAGAACAUUUUCAAACAUGUGGCCCACAAUAUCUCAUGUAAUGGGUCGGAUUCUGAAACUGGAGGUUGUCUUGUUGCUGUUCCUAGAGGAUAAAAUAAUGAUUUUGUUCUUUCUUUUUUUUUACAAAUAUUAAUAGUGAUUAUAAUGUUUAUAUUAUUGUUGUAAAUUAUUUUAAAGAUUUAUGUUUCUGUACUUGUAUAAAAUUGGGACCUAUUUUCGUGAUGGGA